ACCGGAAGUCAGUUCGAUGCCGUCAUCCUGAAGCGUCUGUUUAUGAGCAAGAUCAACAAGCCUCCGCUUUCUCUUUAUUUCCUUCAUGAACGGAAAGGAGGACAAGAUUGCUGUGUUAGUUGGCACUAUUACCGAUAAUUUAAGAGCUUAUGAUGUCCCCGCAAUAAAGGUUUGUGCUCUGAAGUUCACCAAAACUGCAAGGGCCAGAAUAGAGAAGGCAGGCGGUGAAUGUUUCACUUUUGAUCAGUUGGCUCUUCGUGCUCCUUUAGGACAGAACACGGUUCUGCUUAGAGGUCCUAAAAAUUCUCGUGAAGCAGUUAAACACUUCGGCCCAGCUCCAGGUGUUCCACACAGUCACACCAAGCCUUAUGUCCGUGCCAAGGGGGGGAAAUUUGAGAAAGCAAGAGGCAAAAGAAAUAGCAGGGGAUACACGGCUUAAUUUUAUUGUUGUGAGGCAAAAGAAAUAUCAUUUGCACUCUGGUAUUG